UCUCGUUUUACAUUUUCCCAACACAACCGGCCCAUCCCAUACGCACACGCAAGAUCGAUGUUAUUUGCAUCUCUGAUCUCUGACCAAAAUACAUCAACCCUUGAUGUGCCUGCCGUUCAUCCACAAAUCAAUUCCCACGACACAGCUGUAACGCUCCCAUCUGCCCAGUCCCGUCCCAGAGCCUCAGAUCGAUCUCACAACAAUGUCCGACGCAAACGCAACCACACCCCGAGUCUUCAUCGCUCGACACGGCGAGACCGAAUGGACCAUCAACGGCCGCUGCACCGGCAACGCCGAGAUCCCUCUCACUGAGAACGGCAUCUCGCAAGUCAGAGGCACGGGUGAGGUUCUCGUCGGGCCAGGGAAGCUCAUUGAUCCCGCUAAACUGGCACACGUCUUCACCUCGCCGCGGCAGCGCGCGGUUGUCACCUUGGACAUGCUGCUCGGACCAACACACAAAGAGCGCCUGGAGAGGGAGGACCGGGUCACCGUCACGGAGGAUAUCACGGAAUGGGAUUAUGGAGUCUACGAGGGCUUGAAGCCGCAUGAGAUCAAGGAGAGUAGAGCUAAUCGAGGACUGCCGAAGUGGGAUAUCUGGACGAUGGGCUGCGAGGGGGGAGAGUCCGCCGAAGCAGUGCAAGAGCGUCUCGACCGACUCAUUGGGGAGAUCUACAAGCUGCAGACCCCACACAUGGACGGCAAGAGCGGCCAGCCCGCCGAUGUCCUGAUCGUUGCGCACGGCCAUAUCCUGCGCGCAUUCACGAAGAGAUGGCUUCUCUACCCAAUGAGUUUCCCCUUCACGAUGAUGAUGGAGCCAGGCGCCAUCGGCAUCAUGAGCUAUGCGCAUCACAAUGUGGAGGAGCCUGCCAUUCUGGUCGGCAUGGCGUUUCCUCAAACUAAGUAGACUGUUCUAGAUAGGCCAAUAGAGAGUCUUAUGAUGCGAGAGCACGGAAUCGGAAAAAGGACCUGGCAUUCAUCAGAUUUCAUAUCUUUCAUUCAAGUAGAGUGCCGCUGAUCGCAGGGGUUGAGGUGGGGACGGUACAGCCGCAGGAAGGAGAGAAUCUCGAGACGGAUCGUCGUCACUAGAGAGUGGCACGUCAAGAGAUAUUCCACAUACCAUUUCACCAGAGUAGUGCCAUGUGCGAAGACUGGCUGCCAUUGCAAACGUCGUGUCCAUAUUAAACACAGAAUGCAUGCUUCCAACAGGGAAAAUGUAAAACGACCCCCCCCCCCC